UCUAUGACGCAAAUAAUAUUUUUACAAAAUAUAUAAAAGUUACAUUAAGCUUAGGAUAAUCAAAAAAGAAAAUCUAAUAUAUAAAUGGACGAUCAUAAAGGAAUCUUUUGCAGCCUUUGCAUUAAUACUGUGUGCAAUCAAAAUUAUACACUGUUGGACGAAUCUACAAGAGAAAUUUUAAAGACUGUUUCACAAAAUCUAGUCUUGAACAAUAACUACAUCAUGUGUUCUACUUGUUCCGUUAAACUGUACUCUGCUUUUGACUUUAAAUCCACUUGUCUCUAUGUUGAGGAUAAGAUUGCUUCUUAUGUUAAUCCCAAAGUGACCUUGGUCGAUUUAAGAGAAGUUUAUUUAAAAGAGCAUGAGAACGAACCAUCGGUAAAAGUGGAAGAUGAUCAGAAAAUAUGUCGAUUAUGUUUACAGUUAGUUAAUGAAGGAUACAUGAAAUUUUAUGAUGUGAUAGACCUUAUCAGUAGAUGUCUCCCAGAUGUGAAUUUUGAUAUCGUCGAAGAUCCUGUCGUUUGUAGACAAUGUUUUGCUUCGCUAAGCAUUCAAGAUACUUUUAUAAGGACCUGUUUGGAUGUUCAGUCGAAAAUUCAUAAUAUAGGCGACGACAUUAUCACAAAUUUCAAGCAUAGUGAUAUGUUUAUUGAAAGCAAAAAUGGUGAAAUAAAAUUUGAAGAUGGACAGGUUAAGGAGGAGUUAGUUAAAAUUGAAAAAGGGCUAAAGACGAAUGAAAUGCUUAUCGAAACCGAUGAAAUUGACAUAAAAUCUGAAGCGGAAUGGGAAAGUGAUGUGCUUAAAUGUAAUACAGGAGAAGUUUCGUUAGAUGUCCAGUCAUGUAACUAUGAAUACGAGUUAAGCAACAGUCUAAAUCAGGAAGCUGCUCUGGGACUUAUACAUCGUAAGAAAAGUUCCACCUGCCACCGUUUAAUAAGCAAAGACCCUUUAGAAAUAAAAACGUACAAAUGUGAUACAUGUAGUUACGAAACUAAAUAUAAAAGUCACUUAAAAGUGCAUCAGUUAUCACACAAAAACUACUGGGAAAUCCAAAUGUACAAAUGUGAUGUCUGUCCUUAUGAAACUAGGUACAAGAACGGCCUAAAAGUGCAUCAGUUAUCACACAAAGACCCUUCAGAGAUCCAAAUGUACAAAUGUGAUAUGUGUGAUUUUGAAACUAAAUAUAAAAGGGGUCUAAAACUGCAUGAGUCAUCACACAAAGACCCUUCAGAAAUCCAAAUGUACAAGUGCGAUACGUGUGGUUUUGCAACUAAAUAUAAACAUCGUCUAAAACACCAUCAAUUACUCCACAUAAACCCUUUGGAAAUGCAAAAGUACAAGUGUGACACGUGCAGUUUUGAAACUAAAUAUAAGCGUGCUCUAAAAGUACAUCAGUUAACGCAUAAAUAUUCUUCAGAAACGCAGAUGUACAAGUGUGGUACAUGUGGUUAUAAAACUAAGUAUAAGAAUAUCAAGAACCAUCAACUGGUGCACGAGAAUCCUAACAUAGUAGAUAAACGUCCUUUGGAUGUCCGGGUAUACAGAUGUAACGAAUGUGUUUUCGAGAGCCCAUAUAAACACAGUUUAAAGUUUCACAUGGUAAAACACCAAGAUCCCUCCACAGUUCAAAUGUACAAGUGCGAUAAGUGUGCCUUCCAAACAAGACACGAACGCAGUCUAACCAGGCAUAAGCUGUCGCACGAAAAGUCUGCAGUAGUUGAAUCCUCUUCAAACUACUUAAAUAAUGAAGAAAUUGGAGAUAAAACGAGGUGCACUUAUAAAGAUGUAGAAGAAUUGAAUGAACAUACACUUGCAUGUGAAGUGGGAGGCGAAGUUCCAUUAGAUGUACCGUCAUGUAAUGGUGAUUAUAAGGAUGAUCUUAAUACUCCUACACAAACACAUAAAUGCAAUAUGUGUACUUUUGAAACUAAAUUUAAUGAUGGUCUAAACAUACAUCAAUUAUCACACAAAGACCCUUCCGAAAUCCAAAUGUACAAGUGUGAUACAUGUUGUUUUGAAACUGAACAUAAGAGUGAUCUGGAAGGUCAUCAGUUAUCUCACAAACAACCCUCGGACACCCACAUGUACAAAUGUGAUAUGUGUAAUUUUGAAACCAAGUUUAGAAGCAAUCUAAAGCCUCACCAAUUAAUACACAAAGAUUCCUCAGAAAUCCAAAUGUACAAAUGUGAUUCUUGUACUUACGAAACCAAACGUAAGAGGAGUCUAAAACUGCACCAGUUACUCCACAAGGACCCUUUGGAAAUCCAAAUGUACAAAUGUGAUACGUGCAGUUACGAAACUAAAUAUAAAGGAAAGAUAAAAGUGCAUCAGUUAACGCACAAAGACCCUUCGGAAAUCCAAAUGUACAAGUGUGAUACAUGUACUUACGAAACUAAAUUCAAGGAUAAUAUAAAAAAGCACCAGUUAAAGCAUAAAGGUCCUUCUGAAACCCAAAUAUAUAAUUGUGACGUGUGUAAUUAUGGAACUAAAUAUAUGCGGAAUAUCAAGAAACAUCGAUUAAUGCACAAGAAUCCUUCCGCGGAAUAUAAAUGUUUGUCAGAUGUCCGAACAUUCAGAUGUAACGAAUGUGUUUUCGAGACCCCGUACAAACAUAGUUUAAAAUUACACGUGGUAAAACACCGAGAUCCAUCCAGAGUUCAAAAUGUAAUUAAAAACAGUUGAACAGUAAAUUUUGUUUUUGUAAUGGGCUAAUGCUAGCGAUAAACAAUAACCUGCUUUGGUGUUGAAGCCAAUGCUUGUGAUUGUUUAGAAAAAUUGUAAUGUUUUUCAAUGAUUAGUAAUUAAAUUAUUAGUCACAAGGUUUUUGUUACCAGACUUGAAGAUUGGAAUAGUUACAGUUUUAGAGAGUUAUUAUAUAGUUUAAUGGAUUAAUGAAAUGUACAUGAAAUAUUUAUAAAAUUUGUUUAGUUACAUCAUCGGUACCUGGAGAGCUGUUAUUUCUCACAUUUGAGAUUGCAGAAAUAAUACUAUUACUGUUAAUAAGUGCAAGAUAAAAAAAACCUUUUGUAAUGAGUUUUUUUCUCAAUGACUUGAUAGAGGAAAUUUCUACCGGGAGAUUCAAUACUUAUCCAAAAAACUAUUUUUGAAUGUACAGGGGACCCUUACAAAUACAAUUUGUAAAAAAAAUUAAUAAGAGCAGUUAAAAAUACACUUCUGCACACCACUGGAAACUGCUCCAUUGUAAAACCUGAUCUUGUGCAAGGCAAAGCAUGCAGUCAGUGACCGAAAUUGUAGCAAAAUGUAAUAAAAAGUGAACAGACAAAAAAUUUAAAA